CCCUGAAGACACUGGCAUAAUUUAGGUCUAACGGCCUUCGCCCGAGACAUUGACAACAAUUGACACUCACCGGUGACCAUAUUCAUCAACAGCCUCAAAAAAUAACCGUCUGUCCGACAAGCAAUAAUCGCAACGGACGAACGGCGAGGGACGAACGGCGUGUGCCCCGACUGUCAUACCAAGAUUGCGCGAUUAAUGUUAUUAACCUGAUUUGCCUGAUUUGCCUGAUUGCUUGAAGCGGUGCGCCCUGAGGAUUGCCUGAUAAAAAUGGCUCCACCCCCUCAUCGUCUCCAACUUUCACCCCACAACUCUCUACCAACAACAACUUCUGCAACCGCCGUCUCUCGUCUGUCGCAAUUGUCAUCACACAUCAUGGGCUCGACAUCGACAGCUGGCAUCUUUACUGCCGUCAAUGUGCCCCAAGCGCCUGAAGACCCCUUGUUUGGGCUCAUGGCCGCUUAUCGCAAGGACCCCUCUGAUAAAAAGGUUGAUUUGGGUAUUGGUGCCUAUCGAGACGAUAAUGCGAAGCCGUGGAUUUUGCCUGUUGUUCGAAAGGCAGAUGAUAUUCUCAAAAACGACCCAGAGCUCAAUCAUGAAUAUCUCCCCAUCGCAGGCUUGCCGCAGUAUACCAGUGCAGCGCAAAAGUUGAUUUUGGGCGCUGAUAGUCCUGCCAUCAAAGACAACCGAGUAGCGUCAUUCCAAACCAUCUCCGGCACCGGCGCCGUGCACCUCGGUGCUCUGUUCCUUGCGAAAUUCCAUCCACACCAACAACCGCGUCCAACCGUCUACCUCUCCGAUCCCACAUGGGCAAACCACAACCAAAUCUUCACAAACGUCGGUCUCUCAAUCGCGAAAUACCCCUACUUCUCUCGCGAAACCAAAGGUCUUGAUAUCGAAGGGAUGGUAUCUGCAUUGAACAACGCACCUGCAGGCUCAAUUAUCGUGCUACAUGCAUGCGCCCAUAAUCCGACGGGUGUAGACCCUUCGCCCGACCAAUGGAAACGUAUCGCAGAAGUCGUUAGGGCAAAGAAUCAUUUCCCGUUCUUUGACUGCGCGUACCAGGGUUUUGCGUCUGGUGAUCUUGCGCGCGACGCAUGGGCGAUUCGGUAUUUUGUCGAACAAGGAUUUGAGACGUGUAUCGCUCAAUCCUUUGCGAAGAAUUUUGGCCUGUACGGUGAACGGGCGGGCGCUUACCAUUUCGUAUCCCCGCCCAAUCAGCCCGAUAACAGUAUACAACAUAUUGCCAGUCAACUCGCGAUCCUGCAACGAUCUGAAAUCUCAAACCCUCCCGCCUACGGGUCCAGAAUUGCGAGUAUCAUCCUCAACGACCCCAAGUUAUUCUCAGAAUGGGAAGAGGAUUUGCGUACGAUGAGUGGUCGAAUCGCAGAAAUGAGGAAAGGUCUGAGAUCAAGAUUAGAAGCGAGACAGACACCUGGGUCAUGGGAACAUAUUACGAGUCAGAUUGGGAUGUUUAGUUUCACGGGGUUGAGUGAGAAGCAAGUACAGAUUUUGAGGGAGAAGUGGCAUAUUUACAUGGUAACCCCCCUUUCCCCUCCCUAAUGCCAAUCUGUCAAUCUAAAAUUGGAUGUGUACUGACGAUUACAGACUAAGAAUGGACGUAUAUCCAUGGCAGGCCUCAAUUCGCAUAAUAUCGAUUAUGUGGCCGAGGCGAUUGACAGUGUUGUUCGCGAGACUCAGUGAGUCAUCUUCUGGGAUUUUGGUUAGACAUGUCCACAUUCGGACUUUUUUUAUGUUGGCAAUUUCGGUUCUGGAUGUACGGUACAUAUUGGCGGUAGAUAGGCCAUGAAUCCAUCUCGGUGCUCAUACAUACAGCAUAUCCAAUACAUGAAUAUUGUAUAAAUUAGAAAAUAGCAUCCCAAACAACUAACCACACACACAACCCAGCAGUACACCAAAAUACCAUCUGCGCCGUACUCCUCCUCUCACUGGCUCGCUUCAAUUCUUUAUUCCCUUUACCCACGUUCUCAGCCGUUGUGCUUGCGUCCGUGACCAGUUGGGUUAUGUAUUCUUCUUGAGUUGAUAGGUGCGAGACGAGGGUUUGUUGGAG